AUGUUGGACGUCAAGGGUUCCGUACUUCAAGAUAACGAAACGUGGAGCCUGAUGGAUUUUUUACAUUGGAGUAUAGGAACUCGUAACAAUGAAUCCGCGAAAGAGUUAGCGUCAUACUGUUUGAAAUCACUCAAGGUUGCGUCCGAAUAUUUCUUAGUCGAGUCUAAGAGAGUGCCUUGCUGUGGCCCAUUGUUAACUGCUCAAAGUGCUAGGUCGAGUCUGAAUCCCCGCUCGUUGAGUCGAAAAUCCCAGGGUCGAGUCCCUUUUUGGCGAGAAAAAAAAUUACCUGAAGCAAUAACCUUCUGGAGAAAUAAAACCAGUGUUAUGAAAAGGUUAAAAAGAGCAUCAGUCUUGAGGAAGAAAGCCUUAAUGAACUAG